AUGGAGCUGAAAAGUAAUACUUCUGACAACAUUUCACGCAUAAAAUACCUCUCAAAACUGUUCAAAAGCUUACCCGAUGAUCUCCCUCUGAACCCCGCUAGCUCUCGGUACAGAUUUGGCUUGGACGGCGAGGAACUUGAAGAAAAUGGCCACUGGUAUGCUCUCAAUCACAACCUGGAAAUUUGCUUCCAGGCCCACAGUCUCCGAGGUGAACCACUGAAGAUCACUGAGCGUGGGAAGAGCCUGGAUACACUGUUGAAGAUGCUGCAAGACGGGAUGCGAGAGGCUCCAGGGGAUGCCGAGUUGAUAAUGAAUUGGGUCGAGAGGUUGAUUGCCGCAGCUAUGGUGUCCGGGGCUAAGAAUGUAAAGCAGACAUCAAAGAGAAAGAUGGCCUUUUCAUCAUCGGAUGAAGGGUCAGCAGCACAGCCUGCCAUCAAAACCGCGCUAAAGAAGAGAGGGCCAACGCGGAAGGCACGAGAUAGGUUGCCUGUCAAAGGGACAGCUGUAACACCCAUCACCAUCGUCGACGACACAGACACAUCAUCCGACACCGAGACAACGGCCCCUCGCGUCCAUUCCGAGCCUCUGCGCGCGAGAGAAACUGCCAAGCCCAAGAUGCCGAGGCUGGUUGCACUGGAUGACAGCGAUGAUGAACAUGAUGGAGAUGAUGUUGAUGAUGGUGAAUUGCCCAAGCCAGUGCGGAAGAGACAGUCCACCCUUUUCGCAUUUUCUGGGUUCAAGAAGCUGAGCAAGGCUGAGGCUGAUGAACAGAAUAGGAGAGAGAUGGCAGAGACGAGACAGGAGGCAGAGGAUGAGCGAGUUAGAGAAGCCAUGGUCCGGAAUCUGAGAGAGACCCAGAAGCGCGAGGGUGCACGAGAGAGGAAGAGGAAAAGCCGAUUCAGCAAGAAAGCGAAAGAGAUACGGAGUGGUAAGAGGAACUCAGCGGGGAAAAUCAUGAAAAAGUUACAGAUGGUUCUCGGCCAUGAAACCCCGGCUGCUGGUGUCCCCGAUCUCUCUGAUCUUGCUGAACUGUCAAGGCCUGGCAAGAUAUGGAAGAAGGGUCGUAAUGUGAAGUUGAAGGGCACAAUUCAGAAUCGGCACUCGCGCACAAACUGGUAUCAUCCAUACCUUUGGGUUCACAUCAACAAUGUCGCCUCUCGAGUCGCCUGGUCACCUACAUUCAUUUGGAUGGAGUGCGUGUACAUUCCAUAUGUAAACAAGAUCAUCCGCGAUGAAGAACUUCCCGAGGAUCAAAAGUCAAUCUUAUUCAUUGACUGCUAUCCUGUGCACACGGGGGAAGAAUUUCGGAACUACUGCCGCCACCACCAUCCGAAUGUCUUUGUUAUCUAUGUACCUGCCAACUGCACUGGCAUCUAUCAACCUGCUGAUGUCGGACUGCAGCGCGUGACAAAGCAUGCUCUGAAACAAGAGUCUCUCAACUUUUUAGUUGAAUCACACCGUCAACAGCUAGCCGGUGGUCUAAAACCUGAAGCUGUCCGAUUCACUCACUCCCUACCCGUUCUUCGGGAUGCCACAGUUGCUCCUGCUGUCCAUGUUUAUGACAUGUUCAAGCAGGGUAAGGGCCCAGAGCUUGUUCGCAAGGCUUGGUCAAAAUGCCAAGUAAAACAGUGGUGCCUCUCUCCUGAGGUCAUACAGCACCGAGACACAAAGGCGGCCUUGCGGAAGUACCUUCAAGACCACCCCACAUUCAAAGCCGAGAUUGAUGCAAAGAUUGGCGAUGUUUAUGGCAUUGACUCCGAACAUGUCAACCCCGAAGAUGACUUCAACAACGAAGGUGCCGACAUGGAUGAUUCCGAAGUCCCGAUUGGUUCAGUUAUUCAGGAGGCACUCGGAAACGGGUUGGGUUGCAUGCCCUUCUCAGCAGCGGGCCAUGGUAUUGCAUCUUCUGAGCACACUGCGGUCCAUGAUGGUGGUUUCUUGCGGGGGUUGGCUGAGGGGGAUGAUAUUUGGGCUUGGAAUGUGGAUGGUACUCGCAUAAGCACUCUACCUUAG